AUGUCAUUGGUCAGCCCUAUUUGUGGAUCCGCGCACCGGUGUCUCGGUUCCUGGUUCCUGCUUGCUGAAGUGGCGUCCAACCCUUGUCAUGCACAGACUAUCUCCUUCUGCAGGGCAGUCAAGGGUGUUACCCGAGCUACGGCCGAAGACCCUGAAUCUGCUUGCAUGUGCAAAACGGCGGUGCACAUGCAGAUAUUCCAAGGCUACCCACUGGCUCUUUCGCCGAUACAGCAGCUCCUCAUCUUUAAGAUCUUGAACAAGGAGGCUAAAGAAGGCCAUGUAGACGAUAUAAAACAAUUUUUCGUCAACCAGCUGUAUGCCGCACACAUAUUCUACCAUACUCUAUAUCAUUUUCGCCCAUUGUUGGUAUACGCCCUUCCUCGACCCUAUCCCAACUAUCGCGACACGGCGCAGAUGAGCGACCUAAAAUCAAGCCAGAAGCGACCCCGACGGCCAAACCGAUGA